AUGGCCGAGCAAGCUCGACCUGCCGAGCGAGCAGGCCGAGCUCGGUCGCUGUUCGCUUCCGAGCUCUUCGGGGGCAUACACUGUACAUACCUCCUGGAUGCUAAUCUUCCGCCCUUUAUAGCGCCAGGCACAGCAGGAGUCGUGCUCGGUAGAUUAGGUGAUUGCCAAGAUCCCCACACCCCUCUUCGGAUACCCCUUGCCCGCCUCUCGUCUUUACUUCGCAGCACCAGCAUGCGCACCACCAUCCUCCUCUCAUUCCUCCUCCUCAUCGCCUGCAAUUUGGCCUUUGCUCGUUCUCGUCCGGCACGGCGCAUCACCCGAGCACUCACAGAGACUUGCGACACCAAUGCCGAGUGCCUGCAGAAGGGCCUGCCCCUCCGCAAAUUACGGCGGCCCCGCGCAGUCUCCUCCACCCCCGUCGUCCUCGACCGAGACUGUCAGACCAACACACCUCAGGCCGCCCUAAGGUCCAAAGUCCUCGAUCCCGGAUCGUACACGUUCACGCUGAACGGCGCCAAUGGCGGUGACAACGCCCGGCAAGGCUACACCUUCCCACAAUUCUACGGCGGCCGUGGUGGCGAGAUCGUCGCAACAUACAACUUCACUCAGGCGCGCACCAUAUACUACAAGGUCGGAUGUUCGGGCGGCGGCUUUGUGGGUGCCCCAUCGAGCGGGGGAGGUGCUUCGUUCAUCACCAUCGACGACUUGUCUACUCCGCUGCUGGUCGCGGGUGGCGGGGGUGGAUCAGGAAGCAAGAACUCUGGUCUGGAUGCUGGGACUACCUAUACAUUCCCUCUGGCCAGUACGGGCGGUACAAGCUCAAGCGGUGCGGGUGGUGGGGGUGGAGCUGGGUUCUUCGCCGACGGGGACUUCCAGACCGCGCAGGGUAACACUGGCCUGGGCGGUAAAUCGCUGGCGUCGGGCGGAGAGGGCGGAGUAGGCGGAUACAACAAUAAUAAUAAGGGUGGUAUUGGCGGUGGGGGUGGAGGCGGGUACAACGGUAUCGGACAAGAUCUCGACAAUACCAAACCGGCAGCUGGUGGAGGGGGCGGAGCAGGUUACAAUGGCGGUAGCGGCGGCGCACCAGUCGCUGGUCAGACUGGUGGCGCACCGGGAACAUCUUAUUACUCGCAGUCCUCUGCCGUGGGAUUUAGCGGUGCUAUCUAUAGGCGGAACACCCGUUUCGGGAUACACGGGUCUAUCUCAUACGUCCAGAAAGCCUAG